CACCUCUCGACCAUCGAAUCUGAUAACCUUAGCAGGAAUCGCAAGCUGUAGUUCCAUCCGCUCAAAACUAAGACUUAAAAGAUGCAACGAACCUCUCUUGCCCUCGCUCGUCGGGCGAUCCGAUCGACCCGAACGACUCCCGCCCCUAUCCUCUCCACUCGCCAUAGCACCCAGAUCCGAUUCGCCUCGGCCCUCCCACCUCGCUCUUCAGCCUUCGCACAGCUCACGGAAUCCAAUAUUACCGACCUCCGAGCGCUCUUGUCUGCUCCGACUUCGCUCAUGUCGACUUUGGACGGGUCAGCGAGCGAGGACGAUCUGAGACCGUUCAAUGACGACUGGAUGAACAAGUACCAUGGAAAGGGUCAGGUCGUCGUCAAGCCCAAGACGGUGGAAGAGGUCAGCAAGGUCAUGAAGUAUUGUUGGGACAAAGGGAUCGCUGUCGUACCCCAGGGUGGUAAUACCGGACUUGUCGGCGGGUCCACACCAAUCCACGACGAACUAAUCCUUAAUCUCUCCAACCUCAACUCCAUCCGAUCUUUCGACACUGUCUCCGGUACUCUUACCGUCGACGCCGGUGCGAUCCUCGAGACGGUCGACAACGAGCUUGCGUCUCACGGCCACAUCUUCCCUCUCGAUCUCGGUGCCAAGGGUUCCUGCCAGAUCGGAGGGAACGUAGCUACCAACGCCGGUGGACUCAGGCUUUUGAGGUACGGAUCCCUACACGGGAGCGUACUCGGUCUGGAGGUCGUGUUGCCGGACGGAACCAUCUGGGACGGUCUGGGAGGCGGCUUGAGAAAGGAUAAUACGGGAUUCGACAUGAAGCAGCUGUUCAUCGGGUCCGAGGGCACUAUCGGAAUCAUCACCGGUAUCACCAUCUUGACCCCCAAGCGACCGAGCGCCAUGAACGUCGCCGUCUUCUCCCUUCCAUCUUACGAAGCCGUUCAAAAGGUCUACACAGAGACCAAGUCCCACUUGGGCGAGAUCCUCUCGGCCUUCGAAUUCUUUGACAAGCAGGCGUAUGACCUCGUCAGGCGUCAUCAGAAGGAAGGAGGGGAGGCUGACCGAAAGGUCUUUGAGACCGAGGGCGAGUUCUACGUCUUGGUUGAGACGGGCGGCAGCAAGCAGGAACAUGACGAGGAGAAACUCCAAGGAUUGCUAGAAAACUUGAUGGAGAACGACUUGAUUCUCGAUGGUGUGCUCGCUCAGGACACGACGCAAUACCACUCGCUUUGGAAGCUCCGAGAACUUAUUCCCGAAUCCGCUGGCAAGUCCGGCUCGGUGUACAAGUACGAUCUCAGCGUGCCCGUCCCCAAGAUGUACUCGCUGGUCGAGAAGAUGCGGGCGAGAUUGUCAGAAUCCGGUCUGUUCAAGGAGGAAGGUGGAGGCCGCAUCAGGGAGAUCGUCGGGUACGGUCAUAUCGGGGAUGGGAACUUGCACAUUAACAUCUGCGCCGACAAGUAUGACGCCGAGAUCGAAAAGGUCAUUGAGCCUUAUGUCUACGAGAUUGUUGCCGCCGAGCGGGGGUCGAUCUCGGCGGAACACGGAUUGGGUGUGAUGAAGGCCCCUUACAUCGGCUACUCGAAGGACCAGACCAGCAUCGACCUGAUGCGACGGGUCAAGCAGAUGUUUGACCCCAAGGGAAUCCUCAACCCUUACAAGUUCAUCUUGUAGAGCCAUGAUGUCUAGCCAGGAUGUUUUAGCUAGGGCUAGAUAUUGUAUCGACCGAGACGGGUUUGCCGAUAGAUGCGAAUAUACAUGACACAGGCGUGCGAACAGGAAGAACCACGCCUGUG